GUGGCUGUCCAGCUGACUGGAUCUAGCGUUACGUCUGUGCUAGCUACUAACUCUUAGCACUCCCACUUCAUUGCAAGCUUUUGCCGUUAACAGACCACUAUGACAUCCUCUGGUGUAUGCCUUUGUUAACUAUCUGCUCAAAUAACAGCUGAAGAAAAACCGGGCUAAUUGCACAAGUGUUGUAGAUGCAGCAGUUUUAUGAAGAAGUGUGAGUGACUUGCACAACAACAAUGGGGAAGAGGAAGGUGCCAGAUCUGUACAGAGCCCCUUUUCCCUUAUACUCCAUUAAAGUGGAUGCUACAUCUGGGCUGGUGAUCACAGCAGGUGGAGGAGGGGCUUCCAAGACUGGUAUAAAGAAUGCUUUGCAAUUCCUGGAACUCCGGCUGGUUGGAGAGCAGCAGUACAGUGCCAGUCUCCUUCACUCUCAUGACACUGACACCCGCGCCACCAUGAACAUGGCUGUAGGUAAUGGUGUAAUUGCUGCAGGGCAGGAUGGGACAUGCUGCCUGAUGAAGUUCAAACACUGCUCACAGAAAGAAGAAGUCAAAGAUGCAGCGAAAGAUGCAGGGAACCGCGUGCAGCAGGGGAAUACCAGGCGACGAGCUGGGAAAAGAGACAAAGAUGGACAGGAUGAAGCUGCAGCCUCUGGAGAUAUGUCAGAUAUGAAGGAUGAGUCGGCUUGUAUCUCUGUGACUGGUUUGGCUGAAGUGCAGUCCGAUCUGAACCCCCUGGAUCCACUCCAGAAGGUGGUCCGGUUCAGUCCUGACCAAAGCCUUCUUCUGACUGGAGGCACAGACGGACACAUACGAGUCUGGGAGUUUCCAUCCCUGAAGAAGAAGUAUGACUUCAAAGCACAUGAAGGGGAGAUUGAAGACUUGGACAUGAGUUUAGGGAACAAGCACCUGGUAAGUGUUGGCCGGGACUUCUCCUGCAGUGUAUGGAGCGGCAGUCAGCUGGCUAUGGGACUCAAAUGGCUUGAAACCAUGCCUCAGAUAGCUGAGAAGACUUAUCGGUAUAUGGCUUGCAGGUUUGGAAAGGUAGAAGACGAACAAGACCAACUGAGGCUUUACACAGUUCAGAUCCCUCAUAAACGAGACAGAAAACCACCUCCAUGCUACCUCACCAAAUGGAAUGGCAAGAGCUUUCUGCCCAUGCUGACGGCUCCCUGUGGCACUGAGGUCAUCUCCAGUCUGGCUGUCAGUGACUCUGGAACAUUUAUUGGCCUUGGAACUGUGACAGGUUCAGUGGCUAUCUACAUCGCGUUCUCCCUUCAGAAGCUAUACUAUGUAGAGGAGUCCCAUGGCAUUGUUGUGACGGACCUGGCCUUCCUGCCUGACUGUCUGAAAGACAAAGAUAUCAAAGGGAAUAAUGAAACCGCCAUGUUGAGUGUAGCUGUGGACAGCCGCUGUCAGGUGCAUGCUGUCCCCAACCGAAGAUCCUUUUCUAUCUGGCUCGUGCUGUUCCUCUGUGGCCUCGUGGUGAUGGGAGUUGUCCUCCUCCUACAGUACCUCUUUCCAGGGUUUAUUUAAAUCAUGCCAGUGUUGCCACAGGUCAGGGUUGAUGGAGGUUGGACACUUCUUCGCGUGACUUACUUUGCAUCUUGAGCCAGUGAAAGCUCUUCAGACUGCAGGCUGACUCUGAACAGCUGACCUUGUCCACCUCAGCACUUACUCAGGGUUGUUCUUCUCAGACCUGUUAACCCAGUCAAACAGGACAGACUGUGGGAUUUUAUUUGCUUUGAUCUCUAUCAGUUAUUCUUAAUCUUUUUUUGGGAUUCAUGUUGAUGAGUUGAAGGGUUCAGGUUUAUGAAUAUUAAAGGGUGGGGUCUUUUUAUUGACAUUAUUUAAGGAAUCAUGUAAAAUAUAGAAGGAAUUGGCACAAUGUGUCUUUUUUCUUUUUGUUUACACAUAGACACUUUGAAUUAUCCAUUUGCCUCCUUGAUUCACUGCUUUUUCUGUUUCUUUCCAUUUAAUUUACUGGUGAGCAGCCGAGACUAGAUUAUACAGUCCUCUGGUGUCGAUAUAAUGUUUACCAUUACAUUGAUUUGUCUCACUACGUGGGAUUUUUAUUUAAAAUAUACAGCUACGUUUUGACUUUGACAUGGUUGCCAAGUAUUAAUUAUACAUUUCAACACAAAGGUAUCUAUAAAUGGAUAAUUAUUUGAUAUUAUUACAAAGAAAUAGAAGUGAAGUUGCUAUAAGCACAUGACAAGCAGGGAGGUUUGUAAACUUAAUACAAAAUAUCAUUACAGCAAAAGAGGGCAGACCCUUAUUGUAUGAAGACAUUUGAAUGAAACAUUCUGCUUGAAAGUGUUGCCCAGUGAUGUACAACAAUGUGAAUGCCCAUAUUAUUGUAACUAACACAGUGAAAUGAUAGAAGAAAUAAAAUAUGAAUAAGAAAGCUA